UUUCGAUAUCAUUUUAUAGGCAAAACCAUCCGCAGCUAUCUUGGCUGCUAAACGAGAAGCUCAACAGAAUACGGUAUUGGAGAAGAAAAUUGGUUCCACCGUUAUAAAAGAUAUUUAUCAAAAAUCUAUCGAUGCUAGAGAAGUAAUUCGUAAACAGACAGGUAUUACGUACGAUCACUCAAUGGCAGAGCACCAAUGUUCUUGGGAUAAUAAUUAUCCAGAGCGUCCAGAUAGAUAUACCAGAGUUUUUAAAAGGUGCGAAGAACUUGGAUUAAUUAAACGCUGCAAGUAUAUUGCAUCUCGAUUGGCCGAAUAUCAGGAACUACUUUUAAAACAUACUCCAGCACAUAUAGAAUUAUUAAAGUCUACCAAAGAUUGUGAAAAUAUUUCAAAAAUGGAAGAACUUUCGUCAGAGUAUGAUGCAAUUUUUUUUCAUCCUGCUACAUAUCGAAUAUCUUUACUAGCUGCAGGAUCGACAAUUAAUUUAGUUGAAAAUAUUUGUAAAGGUAAUAUUCAAAAUGGUAUGGCAAUAAUAAGGCCACCUGGUCAUCACGCAAUGAAAGCAGAAUAUUGUGGUUAUUGUUUUUUUAAUAAUGUGGCCUUGGCAGCUGAGGUAGCAUUAAGAAAUAAUUUAUCAAAAAGGAUUCUCAUAGUAGAUUGGGAUGUCCAUCAUGGACAAGGUACUCAGAGAAUGUUUUAUAACGAUCCAAGAGUUGUAUAUUUUUCUAUUCAUCGUUACGAAAAUGGAGAAUUUUGGCCAAAUUUAAGAGAAUCGGAUUAUCACUACGUGGGAGAAAAAUGUGGAGAAGGAUUUAAUUUUAAUGUACCCCUGAAUAAAAUUGGCAUGACCAAUGCUGAUUAUAUUGCAAUAUUUCAACAAGUUUUACUUCCAAUGGCUUAUGAAUUUCAACCUGAUCUCAUCAUAGUCUCUGCUGGUUAUGAUGCAGCUCUUGGUUGUCCAGAGGGUUUGAUGAGGGUAACUCCUGCCUGUUAUGCUCAUUUAUUGUCAUCGCUGCUCUGUCUUGCAUCUGGAAAAGUUGCAGUAAUUUUAGAGGGUGGCUAUUGUUUAAAAUCAUUGGCUGAAGGUGCAGCGCUUACUCUAAGAACUCUUUUAGGAGAUCCUUGCCCAAUGUUAGAUGACUUAGAACCACCUUGUGAAAGCAUUCAAGAUACUAUAUUAAAUGUUAUUUAUUCACAUAAACCAUAUUGGAAAUGCUUUCAAUACCAAAUUUCUUAUAAUUUAACAUUUCAAGCUAGUAAUAAUUCGCACUUACCUACCGUUUCUUUUAAUGGUCCAAUAACAACUCCAAAUAGUUAUGAAACUCGAAACUGCUAUCCAAUUCAAAAUAAAGAAGAAAUAACGUCGAUAAAUUUUGAACUUGAUUCUAUUAUACGAAGUACAAAUCUUACUAAAGCUUUAAAUAGGGUAUGUAUUGUUUAUGAUGAGAGAAUGCUAAAACAUUGUAAUAUAGAAGAUGAUUGUCACCCUGAAAAACCAAGUAGAAUAUCGAGUAUUUUUGCUAAGCACAAGGAUUACAAUUUACUUAAAAGAUGUUAUAUUACGGAGGGGAGAUUUGCAAGUGAGCAGGAAAUUUUGUUGGCGCAUAACCUAGAUUAUGUCAAUAGUAUUAAAAGUACACAUCAAGCCACUAUACAAGAUUUGGAACAUCUAUCUUCCUAUUUUAAUUCUGUUUAUUUACAUCCUGAAACUUGGACUAGUGCUAGAGUGUCAGCUGGUUCAUUGUUGCAAUUAGUCGAUAAUGUUUUAACUAGAGAGAGUCAAGCUGGUAUAGCGAUUGCGAGGCCUCCCGGGCACCACGCUACAAAUGACAAAGCAUGUGGAUUUUGCAUUUUUAAUAAUAUUGCUAUCGCUGCUAAAUAUGCCGUUAAAUUUUAUAAAUUAAAAAGAGUUUUAAUAGUCGAUUGGGAUAUCCAUCAUGGAAAUGGUACCCAGUCUAUUUUAGAAGAUGAUCCAACAAUUUUAUAUAUAUCGAUACAUCGUUAUGACAAUGGGAACUUCUUUCCUCAUUCUAAAUCAGCUAAUUAUUCAGAAGUAGGAGUAGACGAAGGGAUAGGAUUUAAUGUAAACAUUCCCUGGAAUAAGAAAGGAAUGGGCGAUCCUGAUUAUGUUGCUGCUUUUCAACAAAUAGUAAUGCCAAUAGCUUACCAAUAUAAUCCUGAGUUAAUUCUAGUCUCAGCAGGCUUCGACGCAUGCAUCGCAGAUCCUUUGGGAGGAUGCAAAGUCAGUCCCGAAAUGUACGGUCACAUGACGCACUGGUUGUCGUCGUUAGCAAACGGACGCGUAAUUCUCACCCUCGAAGGGGGUUACAAUGUGAAUUCGAUAGCUCAUGCAAUGACUAUGUGUACCAAGGCGCUUUUGGGCGAUCCACUGGUAGCAUUGGAACCUUAUCAAGCUCCGAGUCCAAGCGCCGUCACGACUAUAAUGAAUGUUCUCGAAACGCAGAAGAAUUACUGGCCGAACCUGGUGUUCCAGAAGAUGUUGCCUGCGGAGAAUGUACUUCCUAAAGCUAAGAUGCCUCGAGCAAAGCCGACCGCACGGUUGAGCUCACAGGAGAGUUUCCUAAACUCCUCGAUCAACGAAACGCCCAAAAACGAAGAAAAGCAAGAUGAGAAUCAAGAGCAGCCACAGGAGCUCACAGACCAGGAUGUACAAUUGGAUGAGGAACUAAAAAAUUUGAAGAUCGAUACGUGUGCUAAUAACGAUGAAAGCAAGCAAGACGACUUUAAUGGCAAAGCAAAUAAGGCAGUGGCGUCGAGUAGCAAGACCAACCAAUCGACGACCAAUUCAGUCGAAGACUCCAACGAAACAACAUUGUUUCACUAUCUUCAGGAUAAUUUGCAGGCGCUGAUCGACGAGAAAAUGUUUGCUGUCAUACCUCUUAACGAUUGUCCACAUUUAGAUUCGGUCUUCGAUGUUCCAGAAACCGGUAUAAAUAUCGAUGAUCCAUGUUUUGAAUGCGCAAGCACAAUUGAAAAUUGGAUUUGCCUACAAUGCUAUACUGUACAUUGCGCUCGAAGUAUUAAUAAACAUGCACUGGAGCAUCAACAGACCACCGAGCAUCCAUUGACUCUUAGUUUCAGUGAUGUGUCGGUAUGGUGUUAUAAAUGUGAAGCUUACAUAGACAAUCCACGUCUUUAUGCAGCACGUAAUAUCAUCCAUAAAUGCAAAUUCAAUGCAGAUUUACCAUGGACAUAUUCUGCUGAUACUGGAAGUCUCGAUCAAUGUUAAUUCAAUAAUAACAGUUAAAUUGAUUGUGUAAAAUUUAAAGUAUUUAUAAGUAAUAU